AUGUCUCUCCAAAUUGCUAUAAUCGGCUCCGGCCUCGCCGGCCUAGCAGUAGCACGCAUCCUUCGCGAACAUCACGAAGUCACCGUGUACGAACGCGGUGGCCCCGACAUAGCCACCGGCGGACAGGGUAUUUGCCUGUUCUCCAACGGCAUCAAAAUGCUCCAAACCAUGGGCUUCGAUCGCGACCGUGCUGGUGCCGUUCCAUGCCACGGAUUCCGAACUUUUGACAAGGACGGCAUGCUUGUAAAGGACUUCCCGGUCGACUUCGAGGGGAAGUAUAAAGCGGAAACCAUGACAAUGAAGCGGUCGGAUUUCCGGGACGAGCUUCUGCGGCUUGCGACUGCGCCUUCGGAGAAGUUGGGUAUUCAGGGGAGUCCGGCGAAGAUGGUGUUUAAUACUUCGGUUGUGGAUGUUGAGCCUGAUGAGGGUCUUGUGGUGUUCAAGGACGGUUCCACCAUUCAGGCUGAUGUAGUUAUUGUUGCCGAUGGCGUGCAUUCACGUCUCCGUCAUCGCAUUGUCGACUCAAACUAUCAGCCAAAGAAAAAUGGCAUGACAUGUUAUCGCGUCGCCAUCUCCGCUGAAGCUGUCAAAGCGGCACUCGGAUAUCUCCCCGAAUGGUGGGAUCCUCGCACAGCAGAUAGCCGGAUUUCUACUCUGAUGGCUGGUGAUGGGAGUAGACGCACCGUUACCGCAUAUCCUCUGCGCAAUUACGAUUACAUGAACUUUUCUUGUCUUUUCCCCAGUCGUCAGGAUAGGGGCAAUGUCUUAGAGUCGUGGUACGCGGAUGGUGAUCGACAGGAGAUGGUUGAUACUUUCAACGACUUCAGCUAUCCUCUUCGUAAAAUUCUUGAUAUCGCAACCGAGGUGAAAGUAUGGGAACUCCAAGACCUCGACCCCCUUCCUCGCUGGAAUAAAGGCUGCACAAUCCUCAUCGGCGACGCCGCCCACGCAAUGACCCCAAUGCAGGGCCAAGGCUCAAACAUGGCUGUCGAAGAUGCCGAUAGCUUCCGUUUACUGCGCCCAGGUCUGACCCGCGGGGAAGUCGAAGGGGUGCUCAAGCAAGUGGACAGUAUUCGCCGGCCGCGUACAGCGAGAGUUCUAAGAGAUACUCGGGCUAUGGCUAAAGGCAUUAGCAUGGAUGAGAUGAUAGCGAAUUUGGACUUUAAUUGUGGGUAUAAUGGUGUAUUUGAGGCAUUGAAGGGAAUGGAGUGA